AUGCCGGAUGCCGCCCCGUCAAACUCACCCACUCCUCGUGAUGCCGAUGAUGAUACCCCAAAGGAGAAAGAUGAAACUCCUGUCACAGAAGAACAGGAGGCGGAAUCCCAGUCGGAACGACAAGGGGAAGAAUCGGACGGUCCAUCGCCAGCCACGCCAAAUACCCCUAUGCGCACAGGCAGAGUGUCUGCUAUCCCCAGAAAGCGCGGUGGUCGGGUCGGUCGCCCACCAAAAAUUAGAGCCCCAGUGGUGGAUGAUGGCGCUGGCGAAGCACGGUCAGAAGUUAGUACUCCCGUCCGACGAAGGGGACGAGGCCGCCCAUCGGCGGGUGGACGAUGGGGACGGGCCAAAGGAGGCCCCUCCCACGUCACCCAGGUCCCGAUCGAUAAAGAAGGAAACAUGAUGGAUGUUAUCAACGAUGAGGUUGACCUCCCAGAAGAUCCUGAGGGGGAGACGAAGGUCGAUAAACUGGGUAAUCUUCUGGGCGGGCGCGAAUAUCGCGUGCGGACGUUUACGAUUCUUAAUAAAGGGGAGAGACUCUACAUGCUGUCGACGGAGCCGGCGCGUUGUAUUGGAUUUCGGGACUCUUAUCUUUUUUUUCAGAAGCACCGGCUGCUUUUUAAGAUCAUCAUUGACGACGAUGCGAAGCGUGAUUUGAUAGAGAGAGACCUUAUACCGCAUUCAUACAAGGGGCGCGCUAUCGGUGUGGUGACGGCGCGAUCAGUAUUUCGCGAGUUUGGAGCCAAGAUAAUUAUUGGGGGGCGCAAGGUCAUCGAUGACUAUUCGGCGCAAGCCGCCAGGGAACGAGGGGACGUGGAGGGUGAAUUGGCUGUGCCGGAGGACAAGCUGCCAGGCCCUGGAGAAACAUAUGACAAGAAUCGCUAUGUUGCCUGGCAUGGUGCAAGUAGUGUUUAUCAUUCCGGGGCUCCUUCAGUACCCAUGCCAAUGGGAAAGACUGUAGAUCCCAAGAAACGGAAGGUGAUUGUAACGGGGGAUAACUGGAUGAUUGAGCAUGCCAGGGAAGCAAGUCGGUUCAAUUCUACACUCCUCGCAGCUCGCCGCGAAAAUCUUGAUGGCCAAUACGACAUCCACACAAACAUCAUGCAAUAUCCUAGGAUCAUGCAAUCCACCCACGUUCGAUGGGAAAUUAUCCCACCGCCAGAAUCAACACGGGCAGAUAGAUCACAGCUCAUCAGCAGUGCUUCAACAGCUGCCCUUGGCGUCACGGAUGGGACACCAGCAAGCUCAGUUGAUGAUGGGAAGGAGCGAACGUCCAAUGACCUUCCCGGCCAAGUUGAAACGGACAAAUCCACCAAACCCUCAUCCACAAUAUUCCCUUCUGUACCUGCUAUCUUCAGCCGCAACUUUGAAAUCCAAGACAUAUACUAUGAAACGCCACCAGAGUCCUCGUUGGGUCUUCCCGGCCCAGAUGGAGAUGUACGAGAUAUAGGUUCGAAUGGGUUAAUUAGCAUAUCGCUUGGCAGGAACACUCCUCUCUUCCACACCAGUCCCGAGGUGCUUGCAGAGCUGCCACGUGAAUGCCAGAUUGCCUACCGCGAAGCAGCCGUCCGGGAGUGGGAGUGGAAGAGUCGGUGGAGAAGCGAAAGGGAGGAUGGGCUGAGAGCACCGUUGAAAUUGAAUUAUUCGUGGAAUCCAUGA